CGACAGCAUAGCAGUGGUGUGGUCGCUCUGAACGCACAUUAACGGAAAGAAAAGACACUCCACACACAGUGAAGGCCUCUGCCACACUCAAAGCCCUGUUUCAGUCACAGCGACGACGGAUAUAAAAACACACAUAUAUUUUUUCUAAUCUCAGUUGCUCUUUUUUAUUUGAUAGCGUUGUAAAAAGUAAGUCCACAUAAUGGCGACAGCUGCGGUGUCUGCCCCUGCUGGCUGCGGCCCCAGCCCCGGGUCGGGAACGGAGCUGGUCCGCGGGCAGGCCUUCGACGUCGGGCCUCGGUACAGCAACCUCUCCUACAUCGGGGAAGGAGCCUACGGGAUGGUGUGCUCUGCCUAUGACCGGGACAACAAGAUACGUGUGGCCAUUAAGAAGAUCAGCCCCUUUGAGCACCAGACGUACUGCCAACGCACCCUGAGAGAGAUCAAAAUCCUUCUGCGCUUCAAACAUGAGAACAUCAUCGGAAUCAAUGACAUUAUCCGCACACCGACCAUUGACCAGAUGAAGGACGUAUAUAUUGUCCAGGAUCUAAUGGAGACAGACCUGUACAAGCUCCUGAAGACUCAACACCUGAGCAACGACCACAUCUGCUACUUCCUCUACCAGAUCUUACGAGGGCUCAAGUACAUCCACUCUGCCAAUGUCCUGCACCGUGACCUGAAGCCUUCCAACCUCCUGCUCAACACCACCUGCGAUCUCAAGAUCUGUGAUUUUGGUUUGGCUCGUGUUGCUGACCCUGACCAUGAUCACACUGGUUUCCUCACAGAGUAUGUAGCCACUCGUUGGUACCGAGCACCUGAGAUCAUGCUCAACUCCAAGGGCUAUACCAAGUCCAUAGACAUCUGGUCAGUGGGUUGCAUCCUGGCUGAGAUGUUGUCCAACAGGCCAAUCUUUCCCGGGAAACACUACUUGGAUCAACUUAACCACAUUUUGGGGAUCCUGGGUUCUCCCUCUCAGGAGGAUCUCAACUGCAUUAUCAACAUCAAGGCCAGGAACUAUCUUUUGUCGCUGCCUUUGCGCUGCAAAGUGCCGUGGAACCGCCUCUUCCCCAACGCUGAUCCCAAAGCUCUGGACCUUUUGGACAAGAUGCUGACCUUUAACCCUCACAAGCGGAUCGAGGUGGAGGAGGCCCUGGCGCACCCCUACCUGGAGCAAUAUUACGACCCCACAGAUGAGCCUGUUGCUGAGGCCCCAUUCAAGUUCGACAUGGAGCUGGAUGACCUACCCAAAGAGACAUUGAAGGAGCUCAUCUUUGAAGAAACUGCACGUUUCCAGCCUGGCUUUAGGUCCUAACAUCUUACACAGAUGACUCUGUGGACUGGCUUCUGCGUUGCCACUGCUCCUCCCCGCCUCCACACUGUUGCUGUGAUGAUUUAUUGUUUGUUUGUUUGUUUCCCCCCACCCCCCACCCUCCCCCCUUCUCCUGUUGUCCACAUCACCUGGAUUCCUUGGGUCUCACUCGUCAAGUCCACUUUGCUCAGGAAUGGCGUCAGGAAUCAAUCAAUCAAUCAAUCAAUCAGUCAUCCUCUGUCUCUCUUUUCCUCUUUUCUCUCCCUUUCUCUCUCCCUAUCUCUCUCGCUCUCGCUCUCUCUCUUCGAGGGGGGGGGGGGGGGUCACGUCACAGCUUACAGUUUGGGGGUGAUUUUGUGUUUUAAGCCAAGAUAAACAAUUUUUUUGUGUGUCUCAAAAGGCAUUUGGCUCUGGCUAUCCCUAUUCAAGACCUUUCACGUCCAGUCGAAUGACAGUGAUAGACUAGCUGUGUGUUUGUCGGUGCAGCUGCUCUGGUUAUAACUCUGCCUACGUUGCACAAACAACAGUAGAUUACUUAUAAGAAUCAUCCAUCAUAGAGAAGGUCUUUUUUUCUAACCUUUGUCGCACUGUUACAAGGGAUGCCUUGAUCUCUAUCUUUUUUCUCUCUUUAUCUCUUUGAAAAAAGAAAAACCCGAAUUAAAUCAACUGAUUUAUGCAAUGAAAUCACAUAAUCAGCCAGAGACUUCAUGGGCCACAAGCCAUCACUCUGUGUUGAUGAGGAUCUAUAUUUUAACAAAGACCUUGUAUUUUAAUCCUUAACAAACACACUCAUAAGGCCCUAAUGCAAAUAUAUACAUAAACAUAAAAAUAUAUAUAUCUAUAUAUAGCCCAAAGAGUCUUAAGAUAUUUCAAUGGCAAGGGUGAUGAUAGAAGGUGAAUCAGAUGACUUUCUAACUUUUUUCAUUAAAAACAAAAAAUCCCUGUUUUCAUUUCUCAUCGGCUUCAUUGAGAUGUCAGGUUGUGUAUCAAUGCGCCAAAUUACAGGUGCAUUGAAAGGUUUCACCAUCAAUUUCUGCCUUAGCCAUGAGAAACUAAAGGAAAAGUCUGUUUAUUUCAUACGAGUCUGUAUGUACAGUAUGAUAUUUUUCAUAUGGGGGAAAAUUAACUGCGUCAGGACAAGAAUUCAGUUAUCACACAGAACUCGUAUCGUCUGGAGGAAGCGUCGUUGUGCCUCCCUUUUCGUCCCGUUUCGUGUUUUCCUUUCUCCUCUUCAGUCUCUGUUAAUCUCUCUCUCGCCUUGUUAGAAUAAUACUGUGCCCUUUUGCAUGACUGUUAUAAGCUCUGUAUACAAAGACGACGAUGUUAAGUGCCACACAAGCCGGGCAGACCUGCCAGGAGAGCGCCCAGGCUCUCUCUGUUGCACCUUUCGUGGUAUAUCACACUUCCCAAUCACAUGGUGCUUUCUGUCCUGUUUCUUUCUUUUGCUUCGACAUUCUCUCGUCCGUUUUUAUUUCGUUUCCAUUGUCGUAAAGUCUACAGAUUUCAGUCUCCUCGUUUUUAGCCAGACACCAUCUGCAUGCUAAGACGUCUUGUCGUGGUUGCAAAUAGGAGAAUAACCAUAUAUCUGUAUUUAUAUCACAGAUCCACCAAACAUGAUAUUUCUUGAACCUGAGAAAUGGGAUCCAGGCGUGAUACAGUUGAAAUAAUACUAAAAUGUAAAAGAUCAUCUUUCACAUUUCAUCCUUGAAACAUUAUUUUGCUAUAAAUUGCACAUUUUCACACUGAUAACAGUUGGCAGUGUCAAUACCAGCAGACACCUGCAGUAGAAUAAAAAAAACAAACAUAUUUUUACUUCUUGUCAGUAACUGCUGAUUAAAGACUGUUGAAUUUCAAUAUUUUAUUUCAAGCAAAAGGAAUUAUGCCUAAAGAUUAUGUAUGUGGAAACUUAAAAAACGAACACGCCAGCAGCGCUGAGGCUUCAUCCACCAACUGUCACUUCGUUUCACUUUAGCAUCUAAUGGCUGUCAUUUCAGUUUGUUUACAAGUGGGCCUCAAAUCUGUUCAGUUUCAUGGUACACCUAGCCUUCAGUACCGCAACCUCAAAGGAAAAACUCAUUUGGUUGUGUGUGAGCGACCUAGUGAAUGAAACAAAGUAGUAUUAUUUACGACACAAAAGCAUCUCUGAAUAGAUUAAAGUCAAAAUCUAUCUGAAGGGAUUCUUCAAGAAUCUUUCUCCUCUGGCACUUAAAGUGAGAAAUGGGAGAUUUCAGUCUAAAAUGAGACAAUUUCAUCACUAUCGAGCUGCUUUGGCUGAUCUUUCAUUCGUUUCCGAUGACGACAGCGAUGUAUGUAGUCUGUGAUAAAAGUAUUGGCUGAGCUGUAAACUCAUGAUCUUUGUGUUUCGGUCUGAAAAUGAGUGAAGCUAAACUCAACUUUUGAUUCUUAUUCUACAUUUGCGUACAUGUCAGAAAGCAAGUUUGAGUUGUCAAAAUGUUUCUCUGAGGGCAGAGCUGCUCUGGUCGAAUGAAAUCACGGUGGACAGAGCCAAAGAACCACAGUUCAACUUCGUGUUUUUCUUUUGUUCUGGCUAAAUGAUGUUGGACUGAAACUGAGUGGAACGACGAGAGAGGACGCUAAUGCUCUGCCGAAAUACACUCAAGCCAUAAUCGGUCGGUCGGUCGGUCAGUCUGUUGCGCCUCUGACCACACCCAACAGUGAUGUCACAGUGUGCUGACGCACCCCGGUGUACACCUCACAUCACUGCAGCCAGAUACGAAGUUAAACCACUGGAGGUCAGCAAGGACAAGGUUUUCAGAUGUUGUUGUGUUGCUCUUUAAGACAUCAGAUGAAUCUGAGAUUAUCUAAGUAAGCAGCCUGCUGACAUAAGAUGCCAAAUGUGGGUUCAUGAUUUAGUGAAUAAAAAAAAGUCAGUAGUGCUUUAUCUUCCAGGUCUGUGAAUCCUUAAUAUUCCUAGAAGGUUUUCUGAAAAGAACCAAGUCAUUCUGCACUGACUGUACGUAAAUUAUAGGGAGUGUGCAGUAGAGCGAGAACAAACAAUUCAUUCCAUCAUCGUUUAAUCUGUUGAUUACGUUUCUGGUUCAUUUGGUCCAAAAAAAAAAAAGUCCCCAGAUCUUUCCAAUCAACCGUCCAGAACUGAGAGAUAUUGAGUUAAUGAUGAUACAAAA